AUGGAUCAAAAUGAGACAGAUCAGAUUUCUAUCUCAUCGUCAACAUCACGAGCAGAGCAAGAUUCAAGAUCAACCGUGCAUCACCGUUAUAAUCCAUGCAUGAAUCAAACAAACUUAGCUAGAAACAUUGUCCUCGAACCCCCUUCGCAAGUUUUCAAUUCACCAUCUGUAGUACUCAGCAAUUUUGCUUCUAUUAAUUCUAAUCCAGAUAUUAAACAUCGUUUAUCAUCUUCCUUAUCAAGAAUCUCGACUUCUUCAUGCUCAUUCCGACAACGGUUAGUAAUUUGGGACUAA